CAUGUGCAGUUGAAAGUCAGUUCUUCAUCGGAAAACUAGCAGAGCGGUCUCUAGAAUAUCGGCAAGUAGUUAGUGGAUAAUCAUAUAGUUUAUCUGUGUAUUAACGCGAAUUGAGAGAAAAGGGACAAUGGCUUCGUUGUUUAAGAAGAAAACAGUUGAUGAUAUCAUUAAGGAACAAGGAAAAGAGCUGAGAGGCACCCAGAGACAAAUCACUCGGGACCGAGCAGCGUUGGAGAAGCAGGAGAAGCAAAUGGAAAUGGAAAUAAAAAAGAUGGCCAAAACAGGAAACAGAGAAGCCUGCAAGAUACUUGCCAAGCAGCUAGUCCAGCUGAGGAAACAGAAGAACCGCACGUACGCUGUGAGCUCGAAGGUCACCUCCAUGUCCACCCAAACCAAAGUGAUGAACUCUCAGAUGAAGAUGGCAGGAGCCAUGUCCACCUCAGCGAAAACCAUGCAGACUGUAAAUAAGAAGAUGGACCCACAGAAUACAUUAAAGACCAUGCUGGACUUCCAGAAGGAGAACUUAAAGAUGGGAAUGACAGAGGACAUGAUCAAGAACACGUUGGAUGAGAUCUUUGAGGAAUCAGGUGAUGAAGAAGAAUCAGAAGAUAUCGUGACGCAAGUUCUGGACCAGAUUGGAAUUGAGAUCUCAGGAAAAAUGUCAAGAGUUCCCGUAGUAGGCAAGUCCCCUCUCCAUUCAUCCAAGACAAAAACGACCUCCACCAUCUCAGAUGAUGAGAUUGAGAGGCAGCUCAAGGCCCUCGGGAUGGACUAACCAUCUCCUGAAACCUUCAGCUGGUGCAUCAUCUGCAAAGUCAUGAGUGUGUCUACUGCCAGCACUGUACCUGAAGUGAAGUGAGCUGGGCAUAGAGAUAGAGAUGAGGAGGUUGGAUGUGGGUGUUAAUGAAACUGAUGAAAAAGCCUGCAGUCUUCAAAGCUGAAACGGAUGAUGUGUACAGUAGACGAGAGGGUUGAGUGGGAUGGGGUUCUCCUGGGUGGAUCUGUUUGCCUGAAAGUGGCUGAUGGAGAGGCUCCGGUAGUUAUAGUCAGCAUACAAUAUGCUGACCACACUCUGCAAAUGAAUAUUGGUCAUUGUUUGGAAAACAUGGUUCUAUGACACCAUGGUUCUAUGGACUGGGGAUGUGAUUUGCAUUCUAAAUGCACAGUUCCUUAUAAUCCCCCCCAAAAAGAAAGAAAUCAUUUUUGUACCUCACUGAAUAUGUUUAGCUAUCUGGUGGUUAUUUUGGGUUGGUACAAUGUCUUUCAUAAUGGCAUACAAGCAUGGGUCACUGUGUGGUGUAGGUCUUUUUACUGGUAGAAUUGACCGUCUAUUUGUACAUUAACAUCUUUAUUUUUUGUCUUUUUAGGUAUCUCACUGUGAGUAUUAAUCUUUGUUGUGCUUGAUAGGGAUUCCUUGAACACUUUAAAUUACAUGAUCGAAAUAGAUUUUUUUUUUAAACGUUUAAUUCCCUCCUGUCAUCAAAAGAAAAGAUCUGCAUGAGAAAAACAAUGAUUGUGUUAACGAAAAUUUUGAGCUGAGACAAAAUUCUGUGACUGAAAAUAGCAGCAGGGUGUGCUGAACAUCUGAUCGUUGUGAAAAUCUGAUUAAUGGUGAUUCUGAGGGUUUUUGAAGUACAUGUACUGUUCACAUGACAAUUAAUAGGUGACAGUUCAAGAGGGCAAUUUUACAUUGGUGUGAAAUGCUGUGAUCCUUGCAUAAGAAAUCAAAGCAUACUUUCUGUUCAGCUCCUCUGAAGACAGAACAUCUUCCUUCAACACCCAGUGUCUAUAGAUAAGUAGUCUGUGAGCCACAAAGUGAAUAGUCUGGUUACACUUUACCUCUCCAGCACUUGUGUGGUAUAGCGUUAACUUUGAAAUCAUUGGUCCAGCCUAACCAAUCACAUUGAUCAGGGAUUACUGCUGAUGCUUCCUUCUUCGCCUUACUUUACAAACUGACAAUAAACAGUAUUGACAGUCAGGAAACAAUGUAUAUGAUCCUACUUUUACUGUACAUAAAUGUAUGCAUUCAGACGACUGCAAUUGUUGAUGUUUGCAGGCGUUGAUACGUUUACCACAGCCACUUUGGAUUUUGAAAUUAAAGCAUCAUCCCCUCUUGUCGCUAAUUGGGCAGGUAAUCUGCGGACAGAUGGAAACGCUAGUGAACUAUGGUAUUCCAGACUAGUAAUCUCCCUGAAAGUAGAGCUACAGUAGGUGGGCGUGGCUAUAAACACUGUUUUUGGGAAGCCACUGAUGAAGUGUUGUGAAUACAUGAGGGAUAAUGAUCAUCAUGGCUAAAAUAAAGUCAUGAAUGGGACUAAUGAGAAUAUUCUUGCAUAGGUGUGACUUGAUCUGUCUUCUCAUCUCCUCUUACUGAAAAAAGCAAUAUACUGUACUGCACUUAUGUUAAUUUCAUGUCUUGUCUUGUAACUUGAUAUCUUUGUAAUUUUAAAUGUUGGAAAUUUGAUAACAUGUUAUGUUCAUAAUGGUUUCAAGAUCUAUUUGUAUAUUAAUGUACAGUUUAUUUGGCUUUAUACCUAAUAAAGCAAUUUGCCUUGCA